AUGGUCACGGCAACAUACGAUACUCGACCGCGCGAGGAGCGUGACUUCAAGGAAGUGUACCCUGAUCUCGACGAUACCCAGAGGCUUCGCGUGGUGAUAGUAGACCACAGGGACGCCAGUCCAACGCCAGCAGCAGCAGCAGCACCAGUACCUCCUCAGGCUUCUGCUUCCGUGGCUUCCAACACAAGACCCGUUUUCGUCAGACGCCUGAGACAUAGCCUACGAGCGCCUCCCCGAAUGCUGAAAGCCCUAAUCGAGCACGGCUUCAGGCCCUUUUACAAGGCGCCUCCCAAGGCCCUUAGAACGUACAUUAGGGAGCACACAAUUAACAAAGACAAGGUAGACAAGGUAGACAAAAUCGACAAGUCUGACCCUAAAACUAAAAAGACAGAGGACAGCGCCGGGUGGGGCGCGCCCAAAUCUACGAUUGUUCGCUACGACUUGGACGAGCAGGACGACCUUUUUCUCAACUGGCGCAACGGGCUCGCGUCGGCAAAAAUCCAUCUCUCGCGCGAAGUGUUCGAGCUAGCGAUUACUGCCCUCGAGGAAGCGUGGCACCGGCUCGAGGCGCGCAUGGGCGGCAUGGGCGGUGAUGACCACGAGGAGGUGGCCCUUGACGAAAGCUUCGACAAGUACGGCAACGACGACGGGAUCGCUGGCGCCGGGCUGAUGCUGGAGCAGCGCUGUGCGGUGUGCAAUGACUCGAGGGCCACUCCGGUAACGCCAUAG